AUGUCCAUCCUCCUUCCGACAGUGCACAGCUCAUUCGAGCAUCUCACACCGACACACGUAGCCAUCGCCUCCGUACUCAUUCUCGGUUUGCUCUGCCUUAUCGCUCCAGAUCGUUACAUUUUCGUAUCGCAUCGCAAAGGCAUCAAAGAAGUUCCUGGUGCGCUUCCCCUCAUUGGUAACCUCCUUUUUCUCCUCGACAUUGCCGCUAAGCGUCGUCGUUUCCUCGAUGAGUUCCUCCGCAUGCAAAAGAGCAUUGGCGCUGGCGGUAUGCCCUGGGCUGCAACUUUCCCUUAUCUCGGCGGCCGAGUCACUUCCAUCAACCGCCCUGAAUACAUCCGAUGGGUGCAAAAGACCAAUUUCGAGAACUAUAUCAAGGGUUCCUUCUUCCAAAAAUCGAUGGGAGACGUGAUGAGCCUCCAUGGCAUCUUUGUCGCCGACGGAGAGAUCUGGAGGAAACAACGCAAGAUGGCCUCUCAUAUCUUUAGCGUUGGCAACUUUCGAACUCACGUCCAGAACACCAUCCAUCGCGAUCUUGCCAUUCUCAACAAACUCUUCCGGGACGCUAGCAGCAAAAACACCGAGCUCAAUCUGCCCGAUCUAUUCUUCCGAUUCACCCUCAGUUCGUUUUCACUCAUGGCUUUUAGCGCCGACAUCAAGUGUCUGCCGUCCAAUGUUGGCGAUUUGAGCAAAGUAGUCGAGUUUGCAGCCAACUUUGACUAUGCUCAGCGUGUCAUGGACGAACGCUUCGUGGACCCUUUGGCGAGAUUCACCGAGCUCUUCUCGCCUCAAGGUAGGAAGAUGAGAAGGACGAUCAAGGAGCUGCACAGCUUUUGCUACGAGAUUAUUGACCUUCGACUAGCAGCUCGUGCUCGAGGCGAGGCUCAAGCUGCAUCCGGCAAGGGCGACAAGGACCUGCUUGCGCUGUUUAUGGAACAGAACUUGACUCGUGACGAAUUGCUCCCUGUCGUGCUCAACUUUUUGAUUGCUGGUCGCGACACGACAGCCCAGGCGCUCGGAUGGCUGUUCUACGAGCUUUCCAAGCACCCUGAAUGCAUCGAAAAGGCACGCCAAGAGAUUCAUGAAAAGCUCGGCUCCGGCUCUUCGUUCCAAAGCAUGGCGUACGAUGACCUAUCUUCGCUUGUCUACGUUCAAGCAUGCUUCCUCGAGGCGCUGCGCUUGCACCCGUCGGUACCCAAGAACAUCAAAUUGGCCGUCAAGGACGACGUGAUCCGACCCUACGCACAACCCUGCUCGGACGCCGACGUCGCCCCCAACGCUGUCCCCACCACACAGAAGCUGCCCGACCUCGUCAUCAAGAAGGGCGAGACAGUCACAUGGCAGGAUCACACCAUGGCGCGAAUGCCCGAACUGUGGGGCGAAGACUGCGAACAAUUCAAACCAGAACGAUUCAUCGAAGAGCGAAAGGACGGUUCGAUCGGCAUCAAAACGUACUCGCAGUAUCUAUUCCACGCUUUCAACGCAGGCCCGAGGCUGUGCCUUGGUCAGACGCUGGCGACGUACGAAGGAUGUGCAGUGGUGGCAGAAAUUUUGGGCAACUUUGAUGUGGUCUACGAUCACAAAGCGUUGAAGGAGGACGAGCCGACAUAUGACGAUUCGUUGACGCUACCCAUCAAGAACCCUUAUACGAUCCAUGUCCGGGCCAGGGACGAUUGA